GGUCCAUUCACAUUUCACACACACCAGCAUCAUCAUAUAUUCCCACGCACGAUCCAAACCAACCUUUUUCGCUUCCUUUCGGCGUUUCAAACCAAAAAGCAAAAGCAACAUCAACAACAACAUCCAGAUCUACACCACCUUCUGCAAAUUCUAGAGAGAGAAACUUUUCAAGAGAGAGAGAGAGGGGGGGCGCCAUGGAUGAGAAGCUUAUAGGGAGGUUGGAAUCGGCGGUGGUGCGUCUCGAGGCGCUGUCCGCCGGGUUCCGGACCGGAGUUUCCCUAGAGAGCGGCGGAGAUGCGACGGCGCUGGAUCCGUCAAUCACCGCAUUCGACGAUCUGAUGGCGGAAUACGUUGGGAGGGUUUCGGCUUCUGCGGAGAAGAUUGGGGGACAAGUGUUGGAUGUGACAAAGAUUCUCGCGGAGGCGUUCUCUGUUCAGAGAGAGCUUCUCGUCAAGGUCAAGCAAACUCAGAAACCUGACAUGGCAGGGUUGGCUGAAUUUCUCAAGCCGCUAAAUAACAUGAUAAUGAAAGCCAACGCAAUGACAGAGGGAAGGCGAUCUGAUUUCUUUAACCACUUGAAAACUGCUGCUGACAGUCUCACAGCUGUAGCUUGGAUUGCAUAUACUGGCAAAGAUUGCGGUAUGAGCAUGCCUAUUGCACAUGUGGAAGAAAGUUGGCAAAUGGCUGAAUUCUACAGCAACAAGAUUCUUGUAGAGUACAAAAAUAAAGACCCGAAUCACGUGGAGUGGGUAAAAGCUCUAAAGGAGCUCUAUGUACCAGGUUUGAGGGAUUAUGUGAAGAGUCACUAUCCUUUGGGCCCUGUUUGGAGUGCCACAGGAAAAUCAACUGUUUCUGCUCCGUCAAAAGCUCCUACAUCAAGAGCCCCCGCUCCUCCACCUCCUCCAUCAGCAUCACUCUUUAGUUCAGAAUCUCCUCAUUCUUCAUCAUCACGCCCAAAGGAAGGAAUGGCUGCUGUUUUUCAAGAAAUUAAUUCAGGGAAGCCAGUGACCACAGGUUUGAGAAAGGUCACAGCCGAUAUGAAAACCAAGAACCGUGCAGAUAGGACAGGCAUUGUUGGUGCUAAUGAAAAAGAAACUCGUGUGAAUUCACCGUCUUUCUCUAAAACAGGACCUCCAAAGCUGGAGCUUCAAAUGGGUCGUAAGUGGGCAGUUGAGAAUCAAAUUGGAAAGAAGAAUUUAGUGAUUGAUGACUGUGAUGCAAAGCAGUCUGUAUACAUUUUUGGAUGCAAAGAUUCCGUUUUACAGAUCCAAGGGAAAGUUAACAACAUAACAGUUGAUAAAUGCUCCAAGAUGGGUGUUGUAUUCGCGGAUGUUGUGGCUGCUUGUGAGAUUGUGAAUUGCAAUGGUGUUGAGAUUCAAUGCCAGGGUUCUGCUCCAACAAUUUCAGUGGAUAACACAGCAGGUUGCCAAUUAUAUCUAAGCAAAGAUUCUUUGGAGGUUUCUAUAACAACAGCUAAGUCAAGCGAAAUCAAUGUCCUUGUACCUAGUGCUGAGCCAGGUGGCGAUUGGGUAUGUUUAGACAUUUCUUUUAGGUUUUCCAGGGGGAGCAUUCAUUGCCGCAGCAGUUUGUUCAUGUGUACAAGAAUGGCCAGUUCGUAACAACUCCGGUCUCCCACUCUGGAGGAUAACUGGGAGAAUUUUCACAUUCAAUUGCUGAUGUGCCUUUUUGUUUUUUUCUCGUUUUUUCUUCUUUCCUUCCCUGUUUAAUUCCUUGGAAGCCAUUUUUCUUUCCUGUUUAUUCAAAUGCGAUCUCUUUGAACACAUGGCAUGUUCUUGCUGGUUUUUUGUUUUGUUUUGUUGUUUUGUUUGAGCAAACUGUUGUAAUAUUCUGCAUGUGUUUGUCAGUCUGUUAAAUUGGGUGUUGAAGUCUUUCGAUUGUCUUUUCACUCAUUUGUAUGAAAUUUUUGUAAUGAAUGGGUUUGUCCCCUGUUGUAUGCUCUGCAGUGAGAUGUUUCUGAAAA